AUGUCGUCUGUUGUCGAGAUGAAUCCAGAGGAUCUGGAGCGUCUGCUGUUGGAUGAGAACACAGCAACAGCAGAACAGUUAGCGUCAAUGAAAACGACGCUGGAGCACCUUGUCAAAAAGGUGGACAGCCUCGCAGCAAGGAAAUGCCACAGCUCAAGGAUAAAUGAGGAGUGCAACCUCAUUGAGCAGGAGCUGGAGCGGUUGAAUGAAUUGGAACACGAAGUUAGCGCUUUUAAAAAAGUAGUGUGUGAAACACUCGCGCUGGUGCUAAAUGCGAAGGCUCUACAAAGCGAAAUGCUCGGAACAGAGGCUAAGCAGUAUGAAAAGGUAUUCUCACCUAAAGUCGAAAAUGAGGCGACUUCUGAGCAAGCAGCAUUUCACACUGAGCAUUCUAAUCCUUUUCACUUUCAGCCUCGUCAGCAUCCGGAAACAGGAAGCUGUGGAGACGCUCCUGCGACAGUCUACGAGCAGCUAAAUGUCAGCGAGUUCGACAAUGUCGAAUAUCAUCUAAACUUCGAUCCUAUCGCUGCUGCUCAAGGUAGGCUUCGCCAACAAGCUGGCAAAACUGAUGAACUCAAGCCUGGGACAGCUGAACAGAUGUUUUUGCAGCCAGGAAAGACGACCGACUUGAGGCCGAAGAUCAAGGGCUCGACCCAAUUGUCGUCGACGAAGUACCGAAACCCAGGUGAGUCACAUCGUGAAGAAAGCCAAAUGGGCUGCAUAUUUGCAGCAAUGGCCCUACCCGAAGUGGAGGCAUACAGAGGGAGAAAUUUUGAAGAUUUCAUGCUAAAAUUUUCGAUGAAAUACCAGAACCUUGGGCUAAGAGAUGACCUGCUCAAUCAUUUACUGCUUUCGAAAUUAGAAGGGUAUCCGAAGGCAGUAGCUAAGGCACUACCCAGACAGUUAAGGGAAGGAAAUUUCGAUAACCUCGUCGAAGCUUUGCGUGCAAAGUUUAGCGUUAACGCUUCAUCCGUUCAAAUGAAGGCGUAUAUGGACUUGAAACGUUUAAGAAAAUCUGGAGACAUAACGAGGUAUUGCUUGGAGCUCGAGAAGCUGACCACAGAGGCAUACCCCGACGCUUCUGAAGAAGAAUUGUCACGCACCCGAGCAGGGGACUCUAUACGACCAUGGAGAUUGCUCCAAAAGAGGCGGCUACGAAAUGGUAAAGCCAUGGCACAAAGAUGCGAGAGAAGUAAGCAAGUGGCAAUAGCGAUGCAGGAAGCCUAUGCGGAUCAUACUCGCAACUGCCAAGAAGGCCAAAGACGCAAGGGCACUGACGGGUUCAAAGUGACUACUGUGCAGAAACCCGUGGUACCACAAAAGAACAUAAGCAACAGUAACGAAAUACCACUAAAGAAAGAGCAGGGAGAAGCCCUGGUUAAAUGCUACAACUGUAACAAACAAGGACACCUAAAAAAAGACUGCACACUCCCAAAGAAAUCUAGUUUCACCAAGAAAACAGUGAAGGGCGGCCAACAAACAGCAGAGCCAAAAGUAUUCACUGCAUCCUUAAGAAAAUGGAUCUGCGGAGCAAUCGAAGUUGAGAAUAAGUGUGAGCUAGUGGGUGAACAAACCACGACAGAUGUCCGUCUUCUUGGAAUGUCACGGAAAGCAUUGCUGGAUACAGGCUCACAAAUCAGCAUCAUACCACUGCAAAUGCUCCAGACGGCGUUAGAGUCAGGCUAUGACCUAGACGCUGAUGUGGAAGAAGUACCGCUGGAUAAGCACCGGCAGGUAUUUGACGCGUCAGGCAAUAAAAUGACUUUUAAGGAAGCUCUGAAGCUAACGCUACAAACAACAAAUGGUAGUAAGGAACGCGUCGCUUUGUUCGUCAUGUCUGGAGGCGACGAUAUGAUAGUUCUAGGAACAAAUGCACUCCAGAAGCUCGGAUAUGACCUCACCCAACAGAACCGCACGAACUCUUCGGCGAAUCUCUCCGGCGUUGAAGAGAACAACUCUCACACAUCAAAUAAACUGUGUGCAAAACAACAAAGGAAUUCAAAUAGCUCGUUCUCGGUGACCAUUACAAAAAGAAUGUAUAUACGACCAGGAGAGACAAAAUCUGUACCAAUCCAGUGCGAAGGUCUCACGCGGGAGGGAAUCUUCUGGUCUAGAGAGCACUUGUUGCCGGAUGUCCUAUGGAAAGGUGGAAAUCAAGCGUUGGCUUUGCCCAUAACGAAUACCUUUGCCGGAGCAAAGAUUUUCCGUGUGGGGGAGGAGGUGGGAACCUUCGAACCCACGGAAUUCGUAGAAGUGGAACCUGUCAAUUACUCCGGAAACAUGCUGCAGCGCACGGAGGACGUAGCUGCAGAUAGAGAAGGAAAAUUGCUCAGGUUACUUCAAGGUAACAGGACAAGUGGAGAGUACAAUGAGGCAGUAGAGAAGCUCGUCAAAGGUUACGCCCAUGUUUUUGCGGUGAGCGAACAAGAGUUAAUGCAAACAAAGCUGGUGGAACACAACAUUGAGACGGGUGAAGCAACGCCCAUCCGACAAAAAGCUAGGCCGAUACCCUUAGCUACCCGCGUGGAGCUGAGGCGUAUUCUAAACGACUUGCAAGAGCGGAAUAUCAUUGAGCCAAAUGAGGAAGGAAAAAUAGGAGCCAUCCCAAACGAACUCAUCGUGGCGGCAGUGGCAGAGGAACCCGAAUGGACGGCCGAACUUCGACAAGACCCCGUCUAUGCCGACGUGAUAGAUCUGAACGAAGACGUGGAACGCGUCCUUUAA